AUGGAGAAUAAUGCUAAGUCAAGUGUCAAUUCGGAAUCCAAAUCAAGGAUCACCGUUGUUAACGUUUUUCCUUCGAAUUCGAUCUUCAAAUAUUUAACGGACUUAUGUUUUGAAAGGAUGGAUCAAGAAGGUGCCAAAUCGUUCAUGCAGUUACAAAUUGAAAAAUUAAAAGCUCUACGAGCAAAACUGUCUACUGAGGCUGACGAGGAUUACGUUAUUAUAAAGGAAGAACAACGCAGUGGCUAUGAUUCAGAGUCUAGCGAAUAUUCCGAAGACUCGGCAGCAUAUGAAGAUGUGCCGGCUGCAACCAAAAGCACUGGGGCGAGGAAGAAUGUCAAUAAGGGGAAGUGGACGAAGGAUGAGGAUAGAAUGCUUAAAAUGUUAGUCAAGAGCUAUAAUGAGAAUUGGGAGCUAAUAGCUGCCGAGUUCUCAGACAGAUCAGACGUUCAAUGCCAGCAAAGAUGGUCGAAAGUCGUCAAUCCUGAACUAGUCAAAGGCCCUUGGACAAAGGAGGAAGAUGAAAAAGUAAUGGAAUUAGUAGCUAAGUACGGUCCAAAGAAAUGGACUUUAAUUGCGAGGCACCUUAAGGGCAGAAUAGGUAAACAGUGCAGAGAACGAUGGCACAAUCACCUAAAUCCAUCCAUAAAGAAAACAGCAUGGACAGAACACGAAGACAGAAUCAUAUAUCAAGCGCACAAACAGCUCGGCAACCAGUGGGCGAAAAUAGCCAAGUUAUUACCUGGCAGGACAGACAACGCAAUAAAGAACCACUGGAACUCAACAAUGAGGCGAAAAUACGAGCCAGAUUUACUAGACAGUUAUGAGAACAUACGGAGAAAGCAACGUACAAAACGUAUAGAAGUGAAUGAUACAAGAGAAAAAGUCACAGUUGCUUACAAUAAUGAUUCAACAUGGUCAGAUCCAUUCAACGAGUCAACCCAAAGCCCGUCGUCAAGUCAGCCAUCCAAGCAAGUGCAGCAUUUCCGCCAACUACUGCGAGCUCAGCUCCGAGCACGCUCGCCACCAGCUCACGGCCUCAUGCCAGCCGACACCCUGGAGAUCGUGGAAUCGCCUUUCAAAUUCGUAAACAUAGAGUCGCUGCCUUCCAACUCACCCAUAAAGAACUACUUAAGUCAAGUGUCAGCUGAAAGUAAUGAUCCGAAUACAGUGACGUAUGCAAUUCAAGGGAAUUCAUCUAAAGAAAUAAUAGUACCAUCAAUAUUCUCUCCGAAGAAAAUGGAAACAAACAGUCCACCUCCAAUACUGAGACGAGGCAAAGGAAAGAAACCACAAGUGGCCACCCCAAACCCCAAUUCGUGGGCAGAGACAAUAUCAAAAGCAAUAGAAGGAGCUACACCAAUCAAAGCGUUGCCCUUCAGUCCGUCCCAGUUCCUGAACUCUCCGGCAGGACUGUCUUUUCCAGCAUUUGAUUCUACACCAUUAAGGCAUAAUGGGAAUAAGGAGUUAAUAGGAGUGAGUCCUCUAUUGCAUACUCCGACACCCGCCAACCUAACACCUGGAGGGACACAACUAAAAAAUAACACACCCAAAACACCAACACCCUUCAAAAGGGCUAUGGCGGAAAUAGGGAAGAAAUCAGGAUUGAAAUACGAACCCUCCAGUCCCGGAUUGUUGGUAGAAGAUAUCACUGAAAUGAUACAGAGGGAGGAAAAUUCAGAUAGUACAGUACAAUUGAAUGACUCAUUACUAUCGUCUACUGCGGAACAAGAUGGUAACAUGCAGGUAAACGACUCGGGCAUAGGCAGUGGCAGACGUGGCAAAGAGAACAUGCCGUCACACAAGAAAGCACGUAAAGCACUAGCCCACAGCUGGGGAGCCGCCACCAGCACGCCCCACGCCCACGCCCACGCCCACAAUACAGUGCCAGAUGUUUCCUUCAUGGAAACACCUAGCAAAACUCUAGUAGGGGACAGUUCAGUACUAUUCUCACCGCCAUCGAUAGUAAAGCAUUCCCUUCUAGAAGAAUCUACGAGCCUUCACAGCUUAAUGAGUGCUGAAAAUACCCCCGAACCAACCAAAUACGAAGACAUGGAUAUAGAAACACAGACAGAAAAAAAUAAGGCACGAAGGCUAUCGGGAGAACCUUUGGUGGUAAAAAAAUCUGCAGUCCGCUCUAUAAAAUUCGAUCAAGAAAUACCAGAAGAAGCGAAAGAAGAAAGACCAUCUUUUAUAUUGGCUGAUAAGUGGGAGACAUAUGCAUGCGGUAAAACUCAAGAUCAGUUAGAUUUAACGAUGUUAGCACAUCAGUAUUUAAGGAAAACCGCGUUAAAACCUAGAUCACUUAAUUUU